AUGUGCACUGCUCCCAGGAUGCUGAUCGUCUUCUCUUUUGUGAUUGCGAUCAUAUCUGUGGCCAAUUGCUUGCCGUUGCUCCAAUCGAAGCAUUUCGAUUCGGAAUGUAACGUCGAGAACUGCUUUGGUGAACCACAGAAUUGCGAUCCGAAGACCAGCUGCCAAUCCCUGAUUCAGUUUGAAAAUAAUGGUUCUGUGAAGCUACUCCUUCGCAACUUCUCGGAUCCAUACUCCUAUGCUGCAUUUGCUAUUGGAAGGAAAGCUGAUGAUACAAUCAACUAUUUGGUCUGCCUGCCUCAUGCCUUAAAAAGCUUCCGGGCCAACGCUGAACUUGGCAAACCAAUCACCAUUGUUGAGACGGAUGCAGACAUGCCAGUUGAUAAGCUUGGUGAUGAUGUCUACGUCUGCCGAUAUCCAGCUUCGGAGAUUCCAGACUCUUUCAAGAACGAUCAGACGUUUUUUGUGAAUCGUGGAAAAUUCCAUGAUAACCUCGUUAUCUACGAUGGCGAGCAACUUUUCUCGUUCGACUCGACUCCAGGUGAUGAUGAUUUUGAUGAAAAUGACGACUACUACAACGCCGAACCCCCAGUCGCGAUGGGUCUUGUUUCUCUACGUCUUGGAGAUGAAAAGUCCAUUGCGUUUACAAAGGAUGAAAGCAAAAUGGCUUCAGACGCCAUCACUUCUCUCCGCAAGAUAUCGGACGACGAUGAUGAUUUCGCCAUGGACUUUGAAAUUGUCGAAAAACAAACUAAGAGAAACUCCAAAAAAAGCCAGAAAAUUAUUGAUCAUGAAGAGGAAGACGAUUCCGAAAAACAACUUCCACCAAUAGAUGAGAAUGAAGAAGAGGACGACCAAGAUGACGAUGAGAUUGAAUCAUCGAGUCAUCGCAAUAAAAUGUCACGCAACAGUCGCCGUGGAAAGAAAACUUCCCGUAAUGAGGACGAUCAUGACAACACCGACGACGAUUCUGAAAAACGACGAAAAACAUUUCUGAAAUCCAUCCGUCGCUCCAAGAAAUACGAUGACGAAGAUGACGACGUUGAAUCUUCCCGGCGUUCAAGAAAAUAUGACGACAACGAUGGCGAGGAAGACGAAGACUUCGAUGACAAGCCAAGAAAGUCUAAACGUCCAUCCAAGUCUCGUAAAGUUGAUGAUGACGACGAGGAUUUUGAUGAUGAAGAGGCUGAAGACAACAGUCGGCCAAGAAAGUCGAAAGGUCGCAAGUUCUACGAGAGUGAUGACGAAGACGAUGAAGUUGGACACUACAACACUCGUCGUCGUGAUCACAAAAAUCGCCGCAUCUACGACGAUGAAGACGAAGACGAAGAGGACACUUCCCGCAAGUCCCGCAAAAAUAAAGACAAGAAGAAGUCCAAGAAAAAUGAUGAAGACUACGAAAUUGAAGUGGACGAAGAGGAUGACGACUAUGACGACGCCAACUCCAUCGGCCAACACUUCUUCCUCGAACUCUUUGUCCUGUUCAUCGUUCUCCACCAAUUGUUCUGA